CUUUUUUCAUUUUUAUGUUUUAAAGUAGAACUAGAUAUAUAGAUCUAGAUAUCUAGACUACUUUCUCAGCACUUGAUAGACUAGCAAAGUAAUACUAUUCAUGGUGAGAUCAGGUUGUAGAAUCCUUUUUAUUGAAGGGCACAGAGGUAAUUUACAACGUUUCAAAGCGCAACGUGAACGUAAAUGAAUCAAUCAACUCUUUCAUGUUUCAGCCUUGCGCAGUCGCUCAUGGUCUAUGAACGAAUAGCCAACCAACGCACAGUCGACAGUCACUCAGUUAUAAUUGACCCACCGCACGUAGCACAAGCGCACUGGCUUGCCUAGGCCAAGGCGACUGAGAAAGCCUAGCUACUGACUCAACUGAGUGUGUGGAGUUUCAAUGUAUACGCAAAUCUUGCCGGUUUCAUUCAGCAGAGGUUUCAGUUUGUGAUAGUGACAAGGCUAGGCCUUGAUUUAGAGAAUUCGGGGAAUGGAUGUGUUUACUAAGAGAAGCUUCCAAGAUGCAGAGUGUCAACUUACUGUUGUCAUGUAACUUUGUUCGAUCGUUUGUUUACGAGAUUCUGCAGAUGUACUUUUUCGUGUGAGGACAUAAUCACUAUAAGGGAUGAUUAUUUUGCAUUUGGACCCCCUAAGAUUUCUUCCCAAGGAAGCUGCUGUCAUCUAUCAUUCAGCCAGGUUCUAUGAAUGGUUUGCCUUGUACCAGUUCGUGAGGACUGCACGUGACCUGACGUCUAGUGUCCACCUGUCCACCUUGUUGCUCUCAUACUUACAGAAAUGAUGCAGAUGGCCUGGGAGAGAGGGACUUCCUCCGGGAUGCAAGUCCCGUUUUCUCAAGUGCCGCCUGGUUUAUCAAAAGACAGGGCCCCGCCACCGUAUCCUCCUGCUCACGUCGUUAGACGAACAAACAACUUUCAAGCGCCUUAUCCCGAACAGUUUGACAGACUCACCCGUCCUUCUCAAAGCUAUGUAGACCACCCACUUGAUUCAUCUUUGUUCUGUGAUAGAUGGCCCACAAACAGCUUUCCAGAACCAUAUCCGGAACAGUCUGACAAACACAGCCGUGCUUCUGAAUACCACUCAAAUUAUCCGGAACAGUUUGAUAGACAGAGCCGUGCUUCUGAAUACCACAUACAUUUUCCGAAACAGUUUGACAGACACACCCGUGCUUCUGAAUACCACACAAGCCACCCACUUGAUUCAUCUUCUUUUCCCCCUAGAUUGCCGACAAGCAGUUUUCCAGAGCCAUAUCCGGAACAAUUUUACACACAUGUCCGAGAUCCGUCUUCUGCGAGAUGGCCUACAGGCAACUAUCAAAACUCCUAUUCUGAGCACUUUCAGGGACACAUCGUUGCUUCUCAUGAAUGCCAUAUAGACCACCUACGUCUUUCAUCAACAUGGUACACGGGGACGUCUCACCCAAACAGCAUGAACCGCCAUGGCUUUAACUCUAAAGAUUAUCAGUCAGCAUAUCACCCAAACCAAAUGAAAUCAGGCUUAUUACCCCCUCAACAGACUUGCAAAGAUCCUCAAACUUUUCCUACUCGAGAUGUGCCACCUUCAAGACGAUUCCUGGCACCAUUUUCUCCCCGCUCUGAAAAAGAUAGUCACAGAACACAAACGACUGUCCCGUACCCCACACCUUAUUGCAAAGACCAGCAGAUCAGUUUUGUUCCUCAGAAAUCUUCAGUAGGUGGUUGUCACCCACCAAAAUAUGAGAACCGAAAAAAGGUAUGUUCUGUGGAUCUUGCGCCAGCGAAACUACAACAGCCGCAAGCAAAAGACAUAGCACAACCGAGGUUUGCCGUCGCACAUUUGCCUCAGACUGUGAUUGAGAAGGCACAGCCAUGCCCGAUCAUAUCCCAAGCACACCCGCAAGGGCCUCUGCCAGUGCUAGAUAGCCGUCAGCGUGUACUCAACGUCCAAAAGACAUUGCAAGAAGAACUUCAACAGAUUCGGAAAGACCAGUCGGUUCAAAGACAGCGAAACGAGAGUCCCACAAUUUUUCUGUCACAGAAAAUCCAAAAACAACCUAUAUCUACUCAAAGUCUCCAACCCUCUAUUUAUCUCACAACAAAUGACGAACGCAGAUAUGAAGUCACCUCUGUUAAAGCAUCAGGACCCACUACCUCCGAUGUUCUAACUGAAUCUGCAGCCGUUCAGAAGCAAACUUUUGGUAUUGAUGCAAUUGCUUUAGACGGAGCCAGACGCCAGCACUCUUUAGGGCGUUCCUGUGAAGUAAAACCAGAGGAGACCUUGCGAGAAGUGCCAUCUCAAAAGCAGGGGAAAUCCGUCUUGGGUACACUGCAACUUGAAAACCGGACCAAGAAGCGAGGCGUCUGUGUAUUGGGCAAGGAAUUGGCAAAAAAUAAACAUGCAAAAAAACUAGACUGUAAGAACAAUGUUGCUGGCGAUUUAGGACGGCACAACCAUGUGUCGGUGGUUCCUCCUGAAAGUAAAACCAUAGAUUGCCAAGAUACUCGUGAUUUUUCAGGCUUUUCAUGCGUUAGAGAAAACCCCAUCAACACCAAAAGUAUUGUUCACAACACCAAAAGUAUUGGUCACAAUCCUCCGGCUACAGUAUUGGACUCUGUCUCAAACGCACAGGACAACCUUUUAUGCGGUAUGGAAAUGAUGAAGAAUACGUCUGUCGUUUUCUCUUGGGAAUAUGAUGGAAACCAAGGCAAACCAAAAGACUCCAAACAUGGUUUAUUCGCUCAGUUCAGCUGUCCUGUUUGUGCGAUUUCCUGUGACACAGAAUUUUGCCUGUUGGCGCAUUUGAAUGAAAACCACGGUGAAAUAGAAAGCAUAGUGUGUGCACUAUGCUCCAAGAGCAUAAGAAAGCUCAGUCUGUUUCGUCACCUGAACGCUAUGCACCUUAAUUCCUGCUGCCAGUUUGUCUGUGGUGGUAAAUUUUCUGGUGGUUGGAAGUGUUCUUUUACUUCAACUGAUUCAGCCGAGCUGCUUCGCCAUAUGGAGCUGAACCAUAAUCAAGAAGAUGUGUUCGAUUGCCACAGGUGUGGUUCAGAAAUAACUGGGGCGUUGGAUCUUAUUGUUCACCAAAAAAGUCUGGAGAGCUGCAACAUGAUUUAUGCACCGCCCUGUGCAGACCAAGAGAUCAAAGUGGAAAACGAGGACACUGACCAGAGUAACUGCAAUAGCUCAGCGCCCACGACAGCAGACCCCGGACAGGGAAAAGAACGGUGA